AUGUCCACAAAGUGUUACAGACGCACCUCCUCAAAGUAUUCUUCAAAGAAAAGAAAAUAUGAAAGAAUCCACCAUCAAGAUCUCUCGAAUGGACUUGAAGAACAAAAUGAAUUGCCAAUGAGACAUGAACGUUCACCAAAACAGGUCAAAAAGCAACUCAAAUUCAACUUUGAACAACAAGAGACAAAUCCCAACAACAAAUCCUCUUGCGCAUCAACACAAGCGAAUCCUCUCUCCUUACCUCAACUCAAGAAACAACUCGAUGAAUGCAUUGAAAGGUAUCCCGAUCUCAUGACUACUCUUCUCUCACUGGUGAGGAAACAUGUACUCACGAAACAACACGUCAUUGAUCAAUGUAAGGAAUUUAUGCAUCGACAACCACACGAUACUGACACAUGGUUGUUGCGAAGGUCUUUCCCACCUCCCUUACCAUCGUAUCCUUUUUAA